AUGACCUUCGACUUCACUGGAGAGCGCAUGCGCACUGAUGAGCCGGGGAACGCACAAGGUCCUCGCAUGAAGAUCAUUGAUGAAGGCGAAAUCUGUAGUACAGCGCCCUUGGCCUUCAACAUUAGUGGCUUGGAAUGUCAGCAGCCACCUGGUGCUGAUCUUCUUGCAGGCUACAUUUGCACCACUCCACCUUCGAUGGCGGCACCCUUCCUUCAUCGCUGGGGUGGCAUUACCAUGAAUGCUUGCGGCCGAUUCCAGCUCUGCCACUGUAAUGAGUUGUGCGACGUCAAGUCGAACUGGGUCCGGGCAGGCUACCUGGAGGUCGAGCCGGUGCUGACCUAUGGCAGCAUGUCUGCCCCUUUGCCUGGCUGUGCGGCAUAUCUGCCCACGCUACCGCCGGUGGACGCGGGCGGUGGCGCUGGGGAGAUCCUCCAGAAGACGCUGGUCACGACGUACGUCAGCAUCGAUGGUGGGCUGAGGCCCAUGCCUCACGUGCUGGGGGCCAUUGCCCAAAGCUUCGCUGUCUUUACGCAAGUGAGGUCAGAGCUUUUGGAUGCACUGGCGCCACGUGCAGCAGAUGUGGCGGUCACAGACUACAACAGUAUCUCUGACGCCCGCAGGCUUCAAGGGUGUGAAGAUGAUGACGCGGCAUUCCAGGAGGAGGCGGCCAAGGCCUCAGUGUCCGUCGCCAGUUGCCAGGAGGCUGUGACUUUGCUGGGCAGCGUGGAGCAAGUCUGCGAGGAUCUCACCCUGGCGCAAGCGGCUCCGCGACUGGAAGGGGCCAGCCAGGCGAAGCUUUACAUGCCGGCAGGUGCUGAAGCCUCCUGCUGGGCCACGGGUGCCACCUUGGCUGUGGCCGCGGUGACCAUCUUCAGGGCCAUGCGCCGGCGAAAUUGGUCGCGGGUGAGCCUGGGCCCCAGCGGCGGCUGCUUCUAUGACAUGAAGUUCCGCGCAAAGCCCGGGGACAAGUUCAAGUACCGCUACUCCACAGAUGUCUGGGAGCCUGAGUGGGGAAUCAUCCCGGAAGAGAAGGGCCGACUGAUCAGGUACGGCCAGCGAUUUCGCAAAGGCACCGUGGUAAAACCAAUGGUCGAUGACGACGAUGAUGACGAUGCUUGGCCAAUCUUGAGAGAAAUCAAAUGCACCGGCGCCCUGCUCCUGGACUGCGACGGCACGCUGGCGGAGACGGAACGUGAUGGGCACCGGGUGGCCUUCAACAAGGCCUUUGAGGAGAAGGGCUUCGAUGUGGAAUGGGAUGUGGAGCUCUAUGGCGAGCUCCUGACCACUGGUGGAGGAAAGGAGAGGAUGACACGUUACUUCAAAGAUUACAACCCAAAGGACCCUCCAGCAAAGGACCACCCAGUCAUCAUGGAGCUUCAUGAGUUGAAGACCCGGAUCUUCAUGGAGAUUGUGAAGUCAGGAGACCUUCCCUUGCGUGAGGGCAUCAAGGAUUUGAUCUCUGCAGCAGAUGAAGCAGGAUGGCAGCUGGCAGUGUGCUCCACCAGCAACGAGGCCUCUGUGACGGCGGUGGUCGAGACGAUGUUGCCCGACUUUGCUCCCAAGAUGCGGAUCUUCGCCGGAGACGUGGUCUCCGCCAAGAAGCCCGACCCGGUGCCCGGGACAGAGCACCCGGAGACGAGCGGAGACCGAGCCAUUUACAAGUUGGCCUCUGAGAAGCUGGGUGUGGCGCCCAUGCGCUGCGUGGUCAUCGAGGACACUUCCAUCGGCGCCACUGCAGGGAACGCUGCCGGAAUGAAGGUGGGACGAGUCUUGAAGCCCUUUCCUGUGGAGAAGGUGAGCCACAUCAAAUGGGCCGAUCUGAUGUCCAGCUCGCACUGCGGAGAGAGCUUGCGGGAGCCCUUUGGACCGUCGGCGCGGGACUAUGCGCAGCGAGUUUGGCUGAUGCAGAUGAGGAACAAGAUGACACCGAGCAGCUUCAUCCAGUAUGUCACCCUCCUCAGCACCGAGGACCAUCAAGAGAACUUGUACAUGUUCAUGAGUAGCAUGUCGAUGGAGCUCACCUGGUCACAAGUGCAAGCACGACUCGUGAAGAUCGAGGUGUUGGAUGGGGAUGACUUCUCCAUCCUCUUUCACCAGCCGAUGGACUUCGGCUCCAAAAUGGACGCGCAGGAUUUCCAAGAAUGUGAUGUAUCCUGCUACAAGUCCGAGUUCAGCAUCACACCUUUGGCUCAACUCUUCAACUGCUCCAACCGAGACCUUGCCUUACUGCUGAAGGUCUUAGCGGAUGCUGGCCAGGACAGCCUUUGCUUUAACACGGUCUGUGCCCGCGCCAUCCUGGCGGAGUGCCACAAACGCACGGCCCGGGGACACUGGGUGGACAUCAUCAUCGACUUCCUUUACAUUUGCAUGUUGAUACGUAUGUCCAUGUGGUUGGAGACUGGCAACGAUCCGGAAGCGUGGUUAUUGGCCUGCUUCGCCCUGCUCAGCGUUUGGAUCGCCGCAUCAUUAUUCUUCAAGCUGUUCGGAGGCUUGAUCCUCUUUUGUGGGAGCUCCGCUGGUCUGGCCGUGGGGUUCCUAAAGCAUUUGAAUCUUUGGAGCGUGACCCUCACUGCUACAGAGGUCUUCUCUGCAUACGUCGGUUGGCGCUUCAUGGUUUACGCCUGCGUCGGAGGGGGUGUGGAAGUCAACGAUGCCUGGGUUCUCUUUCAGAAACAUCCUGCCUUCCUCUCAGUGUUGGUGCUGAUCCGUUGGACCCAGGUGGGCUUUGGUUUGUUGCAGUUGCCGGGCAUUGGGCGUAAUAUUGUGCCAGUCUUUUAUGCCAUCACACGGCCAGCUUCGAUCAACUUCCUGUUUAUCCUCUUCAUUAUCGUGAUGGGAUCUUUUCACGCAUACUUUGUCUUUCCAAUCAAGGAAAACACCGGCAAGUUCGACAAUAUCUUCAACGGUUUCUUAAAGAUCUUCCGCUUGGAGGUCCUUGGUGACUUUGAUUUAAACGAGCUGGAAGGGCUGAGCGAGACUUUGUCGGCCAAUCUCUCCCAUGGCCACUUGCAAGGCGAGGUCGGGGAGGAGGUGCGAUCUCACAUCCAUCGUUCCUUGCGCUUGGAGUUCCUGGUGCUAAGCUUAUUGGUGACGGUGGUGGCCAUGAAUGUCUACAUCGGCCUGCUGGGGGAGCUGUACUCUAAGGCAGUCGAGCGGAAGAAUAGGCUUUACAAUCACUACUUGGCGGCGUCGGCUUGCCGAUAUCUGAGUCGCUUGGUGGGCUUCCGAUGGUUAUGUUGUGGUGGCCGCUGUAGCCAAAGGCCCACGGACAAAGAGCCUGGCCUUGUAUGGUUGGCUUAUCGCCGAGAAUUCUUGUUAGACUCCGCAAAUCCUGAGGAGUGUUGA